AGUUCGCGGAUGCAAAAUAAAACGUAAACCAAAAUGGCGGCGUCCAUCAAAAGGCAACUUUCCGCUCUUGUCAACACGGGAAGUGCACCAAAAGACCUCACGGAGAAGUAUCGGAAAAUUCUGACAGAUAUUAUGAAGCUGAAAGACACUGCUCUUGUUGAAGGACUGCAGGCAUUAAUUGAAGCUUUGGUAUAUGAGAGCGUUAGCCUGGUCAUCUCCAGACAGCUCCUGACGGAAGUCUCCAACCAGCUCGGGACUCUGUCCGAUGUCCUCUCCAAGAAAGUCUCGCAUUUCAUGAUCGAGAAGGUGCAGCCGAGGGUGGUUUCCUUUGAGGAACAGGUAGCCACUGUCAGACAGCAUCUGGCCGGCAUCUUUGAGAGGGAGCAGAGCUGGAGGGAUGCGGCCAAUAUACUCGUUGGUAUACCACUGGAAUCUGGACAAAAGCAGUACUCGGUUGACUAUAAAUUAGAGACGUACCUGAAGAUUGCUCGUCUGUAUCUUGAAGACGACGACCCUGUCAAUGCUGAGGCUUACAUCAAGCGAGCAUCGCUGCUUCAAGCUGAGUCCACCAAUGAACAGCUACACAUACAUUACAAGGUUUGCUAUGCCAGAGUGUUGGACUACCGGCGGAAGUUCAUUGAGGCAGCUCAGCGAUACAAUGAGCUUUCCUUCAAGACCAUCAUAGCCGAGGAGGAGAGAAUGCAGGCCCUGAAGCAUGCACUGCACUGCACGAUACUAGCGUCAGCAGGCCAGCAGAGGUCCCGUAUGCUGGCCACUCUCUUCAAGGACGAACGAUGCCAACAGUUGCCGUCCUACGGCAUCUUAGAGAAGAUGUACUUGGACCGUAUCAUCCGAGGCAACCAGCUCCAAGAGUUCGCUGCCCUCCUUCAACCCCAUCAGAAAGCCACAACCGCGGACGGUUCAAGUAUUUUGGACAGGGCCGUCAUUGAGCACAAUCUUCUGUCUGCCAGUAAGCUGUACAACAACAUCACAUUUGAAGAACUCGGGUCGCUCCUAGAAAUACCACCGGCAAAGGCGGAGAAGAUUGCAUCUCAGAUGAUCUCGGAGGGUCGCAUGAAUGGCAGUAUCGACCAGAUUGACAGUAUCGUACAUUUUGAAUCUCGUGAAACUCUACCGCAGUGGGACAAACAGAUCCAGAACCUCUGUCUCCAAGUCAAUACGAUCAUCGAGAAGAUUAACCAGCAUGCACCGGACUGGAUUGCCAGCGUCUCCGAAACACAGAUGUCCUGAUGACUCCAAAUCGAGGAAAUGUCACGUCAUCCGUGACUGAAUAAACUGUAGCAUACAUGGACUCUUACUCAAUGCUCAAGUCCAUCACAAGUCCUCACACUUACACCGGGGUGUACAUAGGUUGCCUGUAGAUUUUGUCCUCACACUUACACCGGGGUGUACACAGGUCGCCUGUAGAUUUUGUCCUCACACUUACACCGGGGUGUACAUAGGUUGCCUGUAGAUUUUGUCCUCACACUUACACCGGGGUGUACAUAGGUUGCCUGUAGAUUUUGUCCUCACACUUACACCGGGGUGUACAUAGGUUGCCUGUAGAUUUUGUCCUCACACUUACACCGGGGUGUACAUAGGUUGCCUGUAGAUUUUGUCCUCACACUUACACCGGGGUGUACAUAGGUUGCCUGUAGAUUUUGUCCUCACACUUACACCGGGGUGUACAUAGGUUGCCUGUAGAUUUUGUCCUCACACUUACACCGGGGUGUACAUAGGUCGCCUGUAGAUUUUGUCCUCACACUUACACCAGGGCGUACAUAGGUCGCCUGUAGAUUUUGUCCUCACACUUACACCAGGGUGUACACAGGUCGGCUGUAGAUUUUGGAUUUUCUACCCGGGGUAGAGCCUUUUAAUCCUGGUCCUGACCAGGGUAGGAUUUUACCCAGGUAGAGCGCUGGACCCGUGUAGAAGCCGUGUUGGAUUCUUGCUAUUAUAAGAUGGAAUUUUGCGUCGGGGUGAUAUAAAUCAAAUUAGGUUUUGCCCUUCACCGACGUUUGAACACUGUAUACUCUUGCUAGUGUGUAUAUACACUGUAUACUCUUGCUAGUGUGAAACAAGUUCCUGAAAUCUCUGUGUUGGACUCAGGUCCAACGCAGAGAUUUUUCGAUAGUGUGAAAGGCCUUUUUGUAAUACCACCAUAGAGCUAUAUUAAAUUACUAGAGCGCUAACUCCUCAUUCUUGCGCGCGGAGACGCUCUGAAGCCG